UAAAUUGGCCACGAAAAUCAUCAGACUGAUCCUCCUAAAGCCCCUUCACAACCACUCGGCGUUUUAAGGCUUCACAGGCGGAAACUAUCUCUAUCUCUCUCGCUCUCUAUACAGCACCAGUUGAUUGAAGAAAGUUCGGGUGACCCUUCUGGUUGUUAAAGCUGAUGAUUCAGUAACACUAGUGUCUACCAUGGCUUCUCUGACUUCCCUUGCGAGCUUGGGGAGUGUAAGUUGUGGUUCAUCUGUGCAUUUCGAGGGAACAUUUUCGCUAGUCCAUAGGGUUUCUUUAUCGAGAAAUAUUCAAAGUUUUCGUGGGAGUUGGAUUGGAAAGAAGUGGAAGUACAUUGGAGUAUGUAGAUGUUCAGUAACUACUAAUUUUAUAACUGAGCAAGGGACAUCUGUUUCCCUUGAUUCAACAAAUGAUGCUGAAUUCGUACUCAGGGCAGCUCCUAAACCAGCGUCAAAACCUGUUUCUAAACCGAAUUUAGCCAUUAACUCAGAAAAUUCAGACUCUAUUGAUGAAAAGUUAAAGGACGAUGAAGCAGAGAGGAAGAAAGUCAUUGAGUCACUAGGAGAGGUUUUGGAGAAGGCCGAGAAGUUAGAGACGAGUAAAAAAGUGAAUGUGACUUAUAAUAGACCACCUCAAAACUUAUCUGUGAAUCCGAGGAAUGGUAAGCCACUCAAUGCAGCUGUUGGUCAGAAGUCUAAUGCUUCAAAAAGUGUGUGGAGGAAAGGGAAUCCAGUGUCUAGUGUACAAAAAGUGGCAAAAGAUUUACCGAAAACUGAGAAUACCCAGAAUCAAGAAAUCAGGCCAGAAGUAUCAAGAAAGCUAAACCCCGUACAAGCUACGGCUCAACCAAGUUUACAAGCUAAACCCUUUGUUGUUCCGCCUCCUGUGUUGAAGAAACCAGUAAUUCUGAAGGACGUAGGGGCAUCCCCAAAAAGUCCAUCUCCUGAAGGAGUUGUCCCUGUAAAAUCUAAAGAAAGGAAACCGAUACUAAUUGACAAGUUUGCGCCUAAAAAAUCUGCAGCUGAUUCUCAGAUUGCAGCAACAGUAUUAGCACCUACAAAGCCUGGAAAGACACCUGUAGCAGGGAAGUCCAAAGAUGAAUUUCGUAAAAAGAGUGGUUCAUUUGGUGGCGUACGGAGACGGAUGAUGGAAAAUGAGAUUCCUGACGAGGCUUCUGAACUUAGUGUCUCUAUUUCAGGGACUUCUAUGCCGAGGAAGGGACGGAAAAUUACUAAGGCUUAUCGGAAAGCAAUUAGACUCAAGGCAGCUCAAGACGCUGCUCCUGUAAAAGUAGAAAUUUUGGAGGUCGGUGAAGAAGGUAUGCUGAUUGAAGAGUUGGCUUACCACUUGGCUACCAGUGAAGGGGAAAUAUUUGGUUCUUUGUACUCCAGGGGUAUAAAACCUGAUGGAGUGCAAACCCUUGAUAAAGAUAUGGUGAAGAUGAUUUGCAAAGAGUAUGAUGUUGAAGUGAUUGAUGGCAUACCAACCCGAGUGGAGGAAAUGGCAAAAAAGAAGGCAAUUGUUGAUGAAGAAGACCUUGAUAAUCUGGAAGAUCGUCCGCCCAUCCUUACCAUAAUGGGACAUGUGGACCAUGGAAAGACAUCUCUCUUGGAUUACAUUCGGAAGAGCAAGGUUGCAGCUUCAGAAGCUGGCGGCAUUACACAAGGAAUUGGAGCAUAUAAGGUGCUUGUUCCCAUUGAUGGGAACCUGCAACCUUGUGUUUUUCUUGAUACCCCUGGCCAUGAGGCAUUUGGCGCUAUGAGAGCUCGUGGAACAAGGGUAACAGAUAUUGCUAUCAUUGUAGUGGCUGCAGAUGAUGGAAUCCGUCCUCAGACCAAAGAAGCUAUAGCUCAUGCAAAAGCAGCAGACGUACCUAUUAUAAUUGCCAUUAAUAAGAUUGAUAAGGAUGGAGCAAAUCCAGAUCGUGUGAUGCAAGAACUUGCUUCCAUUGACUUGAUGCCAGAAGUUUGGGGUGGUGAUGUCCCAGUAGUUCAGAUAAGUGCGCUUAAAGGGCAGAAUAUAGAUGAACUGUUGGAAACUGUGAUGCUGGUUGCAGAGAUGCAAGAGUUAAAGGGCAAUCCACAAAGAAUGGCAAAGGGUGCGGUCAUUGAGGCAGGACUUCACAAAUCUAAAGGACCAUUGGCUACAUUCAUUGUGCAGAAUGGAACCCUUAAAAAAGGAGAUGUUGUUGUUUGUGGUGAAGCUUUCGGAAAGGUUAGGGCUUUAUUUGAUGAUGGUGGAAACCGUGUUGAUGAAGCUGGGCCCUCAAUACCUGUACAGGUUAUUGGAUUGAACAAUGUCCCAAUUGCUGGUGAUGAAUUUGAGGUAGUUGACUCCCUUGAUGUUGCACGUGAAAGGGCAGAAGUUCGUGAAGAAUCAUUAAGAAUUGAACGUAUAUCAGCCAAGGCAGGGGAUGGAAAGGUUACAUUAUCUUCCUUAGCUUCUGCUGUUUCUGGGAGGAAGCUUUCUGGACUUGACUUGCACCAGCUGACUAUCAUUAUGAAAGUUGAUCUUCAGGGUUCUAUUGAAGCUCUUAGACAAGCCCUUCAGGUUCUUCCCCAAGAAAAUGUCACGCUAAAGUUCCUCUUGCAAGCCACUGGUGACAUAAACAAUAGUGAUGUUGACCUUGCAGUGGCUAGUGAAGCCAUCAUUUUGGGUUUUAACGUCAAAACACCUGCUUCUGUUAAGAGCUACGCUGACAACAAAGGUGUUGAGAUUCGUCUCUACAGAGUUAUUUAUGAUCUUAUUGAUGAUGUAAGGACUGCCAUGGAAGGACUUCUGGAAUCGGUCGAGGAACAAAUACCAAUAGCCUCUGCGCAAGUUAGGGCAUUGUUUAGCAGUGGAAGUGGUCAGAUUGCUGGAUGCAUGGUGACCGAAGGAAGAAUAGUGAAAGAUUGUGGCAUUCGGGUGAUUAGAAAGGGCAAAACAGUACAUGUUGGUACACUAAAUUCUUUGAAAAGAGUUAAAGAGAUCGUGAAAGAGGUAAGUGCUGGACUGGAGUGUGGAAUUGGGGUAGAUGAUUACGAUGAUUGGGUUGUAGGCGAUGUUAUCGAAGCUUUCAAUAGGGUUCAGAAGAAAAGAACGCUUGAAGAGGCUUCAGCCACAAUGACGGCUGCUCAUGAAGGAGCUGGCAUAAUCCCCUCGUAGCUUUGUGGGUCCCAUCAACCAAUUAACGUGUGAUUGGGGUUAUGAAGACAGCUUGCGAAGUUUACUGAAAUCUGGAUGGAUGAAUUCCCACUUUAAACACAAAGCAGUCUUCUGUAAAUAGCAAGAUGCAAAGAGUUGGCGAAGAGAGGACCAAUGGCUGGCUUUAGUGCUUAUUGAGAAGAUGGCGAAAAUUGCGAUGUAUCAUCGUUUUGCAACUCUUGAAAUUUUGCUUGCAAUUUGUAACUAACUUCAUUUAGUUAAUUAUUAUGUACAAACUCCCAUUUCAAACUGCAUUUAUUGUUUGUAUAAUAAUAGCUGUCAUGUUUUUCUUCCCAAUCAAAAAAGAUAUUAUAUUCUCUUUGUGGUUC